AUUAUCACCAGAUAUGGAUGUACUUGUUGAAGUACGUUGUCAACUAGAGAAAUUAUUUGAAAUAUUUCGAGUUGUUCAGUUAUGUGAUUCAGAACAACAACAACAACAACACCAACAACAACAGAAUGAGAACAAUCAUAUCAAUGAUUGUGAUGCAUCUAGUCGUUUUCUAGUUCAUCGUCCACCUCCAUCCGGUUGGUCGACUUCUAUACAAGUUAUUGAAGCAGAAAAUAAUCAAAAUUCUUUUCAUAUUAUGGAUUCAACUAAAUCUAAACACAAUUCUCUAGUAUUAUCAUCUACAUUAGAUUGGAAUUAUUUAACUGGUGAUUAUAGUUGGCCAAUUUUACCAGAACCAUUAAGUUUACCACCGGCUGAAUAUGUUCUACUUACACCGACUGCUUAUUGGCCUAGAACUUUAUCUAGUAUUAUUAAACGUUCAUGUUCAUUGUUGUCAUCGACAACAACUAAUACCACUACUACUACUACUACUACUACCAAUAAUAAUAAUAAUAAUAAUAAUAAAAAUUCUGUUAAUAUGGAAUCUCAUCUAGCUGCAGGACUAUUGAAAUUAUGGUUACGUGAAUUAAGUCAACCUCUUAUUCCAGUUGAACUACAAUCAAUAUGUAUGAAAGCGGCCUGUGAAGCGGAAACUUAUGAAUUACAAGAAAAAGAUUUAAUAACUAAUAAUAAUAAUUCAUCAACAGAUUUAGAUCCGAUUCAAAAAUGUUGUCGUUUAGUUAGAUGUUUAAAUCCAUUGCCAAGACGAUCAUUAUUAUAUUUAAUUCUACUUUUACAACAUCUAUCCAAACCAAUACAUUCAAAUCAAUCAUUAAUGGAUGCACGUAAUUUAGCCACUGUGAUUGCACCAAACUUAAUGCGUUCAUCAAAUAGUAAAGAUCCACGUGAAUUAUUACAAAAUGUUCGACCACAAACAUUAUUCAUUCGUUUAUUAAUCAGUUAUUUGGAUAUUGAAGUUGAAUUGAAAUAUUUGAAAGAAGAAGAAGAUGGUGAUGAUGAUGAUAAUGAAGAGCAAGAGACAUGCAAUGUGAAUGUUGACGAUAGAGGUGAAGAUUGUGAAUUGAAAGAGAAAUCUGUCACUGAGACAAAUGUCGAUGGUGUGGAUGAUGAAGUUAAAUUGAUUCGGUUUAAUGAUAAUAAUAAUAUCGUAUCAUGUAAUCAGGAUAAAUUGUCGUUAUCAUCCAACGGUUAUGUGUAUCUGUCGUCACCGGUACGAGUUCGACUCGGUCCAGACAAUGGUUUCAUACCUAUUUGAAAUGUGAUUUGAUUGUUUUAUCUACAUUUUUUGUUUUGAUAUGUAUUCAUCAUGCGUACAUGUACAUAUAAAUAAAUAUACUCAUAUGCAUAUACAUAUAUACGUAUGUAUGCGUCUAUUUGUUUCUCCAUGAAACGAUGCAAUCAUUGAUCUGAUUAAUACUUUCAUAUAUACAUAUAUAUAUAUAUCUGUAUAUUCAGUCUUUUGGUUUCAUAUACAGUCAG